AUGCUUACGGGUUUUGAGGCACUCGGCGCGGCGAGCGCAGUUUUGCAAGUCAUUUCAUUCGCAACCGACGUCGCUGUAGCCUUGAAGAACGCAUACGAAGGAGCUACAGCUUCUGAAGAUGAUCUCCAUCGCCACGCGAAGGAGAUGUCUGAAGCCGUCGAGCGAGUUAACACUCGCUGUGGACAAAUGAACAAUACGAAUUCUAGCUUCAACACUCCAGAGUUGAAAAAUAUUUCUCAGGAUUGCAGGGUUGCUGCCAAGAAGCUUGAGACAGAAGUUAGCUACGUGACGAGCUUGCAGGCCAGAGGCGACAUUGUCAACGCGUUUCGCAAGGCAUUCAGGACAUCUCGUCGUAAGAAAAAGCUUGAGGACCUUGAGAAAACCCUAUUCAGAUAUAAACAGCUUAUAGACAUCGAGUUGAAAUCUCAUCUAUGCUCGCGCAGCGAAGCUGUCAGACUCAAGCAGGAAUCCGCGUUCCAGAAGCUCGAUACCGACGUCCAGUCCCUUGUCAACCAACUCGCUCAAGGUGUUACUGAUGUACAAAAUCUCGUCAAGCAAGAGCACUCUACAACACGCACCGCUAUCACUCAGGAAACCACCCGGGUUGAGGUAGCCAUUAACUCGCACACCGAUAGCCAAGUCCUGGAGCUCAGAAUCGCUGCUGAGACGGAGAAGAAAUGCGAAACCUUUCUUCAAAGCCUUAAAGCUCCACGGAUGAAUCAGCGAUACAACGAUGUCAUGGACUCAAGAGAUGCAAGCUUUAACCAAGUAUUCGCAUCUUAUGAAGACAUGAGAGACAUGUAUUACGGAUAUUCAGACGAUGAUGACGAUCCAGAAGGCGACGAUCUGGAGGAUGAUGCCGAUCUAGAGGAUUGUGAUAAUUCAGAUUGCAUUUCUCAUAUGAAUGCCAUUCAUCGCUCAUGGACUUCUUUCAACUCAUGGCUGCAAUCAGAUGACCAAUUGUUCUAUAUCCAAGGCAAGCCUGGCUCCGGGAAAAGCACACUUGUCAAAUUCAUCCUAGACCAGAACCAAACUCAUGACUUGGCUAAACGAUGGAGCGCCGAUGCGACUAUUCUCUCCUAUUUCUUUUGGAAGAUUGGGUCAGAAGAGCAGAACAGCAUAAAAGGUCUCUGGUGCUCUCUGCUUUACCAAAGACUUCAAGGUCAGCAGCACUUAAUUUUGAGUACUCUACAGCACUUCAGCCACUUGUCUCUACAUUCAGAAUAUCACGAUUGGUCUAUCAAGGACUUGCAAGCUGUCUGGGUUUAUGUUGCGAACUUGGAUACUCGACACAUAUGCAUUUUUGUCGAUGGACUAGAUGAGAUCCGGGACCAAGAUGGCUUUUCUAAGCUGGCCCCGUCCAUUCAGUCUAUAUCAAGACUUCCGAAAACCAAACUGUGCGUUUCAACCCGACCUGAGGCGCAAAUCAUGAGGUGGCUCAAGGCGACAAAGGCUGCUGGAAUCCUGCUUGAGGACUUGACGAGAUUCGAUAUGUUUGUCUUUGUACGACAGAGGUUCUGUGAGUUAUUACCGAAUAGUCAAAUCUCUUUGAAGGUUUUCAAUGAUUUGCGUCAACAGCUUGUUGAUAAAGCGCAAGGUGUAUUUCUAUGGCUUCAUCUCGCUACACGAAGCAUCAUCGAGGGGAUCGAGAAUGAAGAUUCUGAGAAAAUACUUUUUUCACGGCUCCGCGAGCUUCCUGGAGAUCUUGAGAAGCUGUACGUCGAUAUGUGGGAAAGGUUUAACGCAAAAAGCUCUGUCUAUCAGGAAACAGCUCGCAGAUACUUUCGAUACGUUCUGCACAGUUCAAAUGAAGACAUUUGCAUAGGGAUUGUUCUGCGGUGGAGAUGGGCUUCAUUGCCAUUGACACUACAAAUCGCCUGCGCCGAGAAUACUGGAAUACAACAGAACCUUCUGACGGGUACGGGUACAAUCGGAGUCACAGAGAUUCUACGAAUGUGCGAUGAGACAAAGGCUUCCAUACACAGUCGGUGCGCAGGGUUGCUUGAAGUGCAGCCGCAAAAGCUUCACCAUAACCUUUCUGAAAAGUUGGGAGACAAUAGCACCGCCUUUAGCCAGGCUUUUGGCAAUGUAGCAUUCAUUCAUCGAACAGCACAUGACUUUCUGACAGACACAGAAGCGGGCCAGGGCAUUCUACGAUGUGAUUUAUUGUCCGACUUUCCCUGGCAAACCCGACUUCUGAAAGGUCUGAUCUGCAUGGUGAUAGUUCUGGCAUCCGAAUGGGACCUACUAUGUGAUAGCUCCCAUAUCAUCAACCAAAUUACCGACCCUGCAAAACGCCGGGGAAGCGAAGGCCUUCAAUUGGCUACCGAGAUGCUCGACGUCAUUCGGCCAUUGUUUAACAAGCAUCUUUUAAGACACUACAUAUAUCCUUGGGAACCUCAGUUAUCGUUCUUGAGUCACUUGAUCAGCGAUGAGUUAUUUGAUGAUUACGUUAUCUCGUGUCUGACAACCGAAACCUCGCCUCAUCUGGCUACCAGUGUUUUGCGAGAGGGAUGGUAUUCGGGACUUGAUGUCAAACUGCGCAAAAGCAUGUUCGACGCAUUAAUAGUCCUUGGAGCGGAUCCACACGAGUAUGGAGUACUUGGUGAUUCUUCGGAAAUGGAGCCAUUUGUCAUGAAAGGAACAGCAUUUACCAACCUUCUCACAUAUUUUCUCAUUUCAACACAAAACGGCUUCGACCAUGGAGACAUUGAGCAUUCCCGAACUUUAGAAAUUGCAAUACAUAUGGCGACGACUUGCCAGGAUCUGAAUGCAGCUGUUGCAUUGUUUGCUUCCUUUUCUGAAACUGGGUACAUGGAGAUUUUGUCAUCGAAUCUUAUUAUCGACAGCCUAAGCCACACAUCAAGCACCCUUUCCUUAUUGGUGGUUUACGAGGUCAACUUACAGUUCUUGCUACUGUAUCUACUCUCGAAGAUUGGUGGGAAUCUUGCCGACAGUGUGCUAGCAAGUCUUCAAGCUCAGGAUGUCCUCUCGAAAAUUGACAAUCCCUCAGUCAAGUUACGAUACUUCCAGAGGCUAAAAGUAACAGAAGACAAUCUUGAGCAAGACAUUGCGUCUCCAAUGAUGUUUCAGCGCGUUGUACCUGUGAUACCCUCUCUAUUAGGAAGUGAUAUUGAACAUCUUUUUGACGUGGACUUCAGGAGGCCCUCGCAAGAGUUAUGCAUGCCACAUGAGGAUAAAACAUAUCUUCAUACCAUUUCCCGUUACAUCAAGGACAUACAGACCGAAGAAGUUGAAGUCGAAGAUAUGGUUACAAGUUUAGCUGCUGAGAACCUGGGCUUUUGUACAUACGAAAAGGCUGGCAUAACCCCGACCUAUGAAUAUCUAAGGACCCCAACAGAGAGCAAUGUCGAUUCAUGGAGACUGUUUCCUUUGGCAAUGGGAAGGCUCAAAGCAGCAGCGGCGACCAAGGAAGGAACGAAAGGUCACGAGCCUCUCCCCUGA